GAAAAACUUUCGACUCCCAUUCUGUCAUUUGAUUGGUGGUUACCUAUCUAUGGUACUGCUUUUUUAACAAUGAUUAGCCGAGAGUGUUGAAUGGGUUCUCUGCUCUAAUUGGCUAGAGCUUGUUUGUUAUGUUAGGGUGCUUGAAUAGAGCUGUCAGUGAGCACCUGGGAGUCGUAGAGUAACUUACACCAUGACUAUAGACCGGGAGCUGUUCGUGUCUGCUCCAGGGAAAGUAAUACUGCAUGGAGAACAUGCUGUGGUACACGGCAAGAUGGCUUUGGCAGUAGGACUAAAUCUAAGAACUUUCAUUAGAAUAAGACCUUGUAAGGAUGAUACAGUUUUAAUAAAUUUGCCAAAUAUUGGGACUAAGCUAAGCUGGGAUGUUUCCCAACUCCAGUCUUUACUACCUUCAUUUCAAGAUGACCCACAGAACAUGGAAAUUCUGAAAAAUUUUGCAGGGCUUACUGAUGGGUGCAAAGAUACUGAAAGCCUUGCUGUUUUGGCUUUCCUUUAUCUGUACCUUUCCAUCUUUGGUAGAGAUUUGCCAAGUGUGGAUGUUGUUGUUUGGUCCCAGCUGCCCACAGGAGCAGGUCUAGGAUCCAGUGCUGCAUACUGUGUCUGUCUUGCUGCUGCAAUGUUAACAUACUGUGGCAGAAUUGCCGAUCCUAUGCGUGAGGAAGCUAAAACUUCAAGGUGGUCCCAAACAGAACUUGACCUCAUUAACCAGUGGGCUUUUCAAGGUGAAAAGGUCAUCCAUGGAAACCCGUCAGGAGUUGAUAAUGCUGUAGGAACGUGGGGUGGUGCUUUACAGUACCAGUCUGGGCGCAUAACUCCAAUUGAGAGGGUACCAAUGCUGCACAUCUUGCUCACCAACACAAAGGUUCCCCGCAGUACAAAAGUACUUGUGGCAGGAGUGAAAGAAAAGCUUCUAAAGUUUCCAGAUAUCAUUGAACCUGUCCUCUCAUCCAUUCAUGCCAUUUCCCAAGAGUGCCAGCGAGUUCUGAAAGAGAUGACUGCUGGGUUGUCAAUGGACCAUUACUCUGUUUUAGAGGAACUGAUUGAUAUCAACCAACAUCACUUAAAUGUGAUAGGUGUCGGGCACCCGUCAUUGAACACUAUUUGUCGAGUGACUGCAGAACGUGGCCUGCACAGUAAAUUAACUGGAGCUGGAGGAGGGGGCUGUGCAGUAACUUUGCUCCGACCUGAUACGGAUCACACUGUGGUGGAAGCCGUCAAACAGGAACUCACAGACUGCGGAUUCCAGUGUUGGGAGACAAGUAUAGGGGCCCUGGGGGUAUCUGUACAUUUGCCCUCAUCUCUGACUGAGGAUGCUAGAGAAGCAUUCAGUAAUUUAUGAUCUAUAAGAUGACUGCUGCAAAAGAAUUUACAAAAUGCUGCUACUUCAGCCCUUGGAUAUUCAUGAGGCUGUUUUUGCUGACCUCAUACAUUUUAAAAGGUCAUUUAUGUUCUUCCCAAAGAAGAUGUGCCAGCUGGUUGAUAAUAAUGUCAGUCACUGCUCUGCAGGUAGUGAUACAUGUUACAUGUUUCUAUCUUAAAUGUAAAGACAAAAACACCAGUGAAAGAUUUUUCAUUCUGUAUCUAAAUUGUGACCAGCAUUGAUAUUUGCAGUAACAUGCUGGAUUUACUUCACACCAGCUGUGUAAAGCAGGAUUACUCAUUAUAUGAUUAUAUGGGUUGUUAAAAAGGAAACAUGUACAGGCAGCCCUCCAGGUGGUGUUACAAUUUCUAGUCCCUGCUAUACCAGCCUUUAGCUGUUGGUAUUCUGUGAGCUUUAGAUCGACUACACCAGAAAGGCCCAGGUUGGCCAUCCAUGUUUUGGUCCAGCAGCUCCUAUAUGAAAGAAAAUUCUAUAUUUAUUGACACUAACAAUGUGUGUUUUACACACAUAUAUACUAAACUGUUUUUUAUGGUUACAAUUUAAUAUAUACAAUCUAUUAAUCAGUCUAUCUGUGUGGGGUUAGGAUUCAGAAGGUACCUUAAUAACUAGAACAGAGACUUUCUAAUACACUAAGGAUCUUCAUUUUGUGUGCUCCCCGGCUGGUACUACACAAUUAAAGGAGAAAGAAGGGUACAAACUAA